UGCGAUAGGAAUUGAUUCUAAGUAUGAUACUAGGUUCAGACGAGUUGAUUUCAAUUAGUGCUGUUUCACAUUUUUAUAAGCACCGUUGAGUUAAAUUUUUUUUUCAAUUUCCUCCUGUUGUAGGUUGUUAGCCAUUUAAAGAAAUUACAUUUGCAAAAUAAAUCUGUUAACGGUCCCUAAGGCACGUACGCCUUUCAGUAAUCUAUCACAUCUUAGUCUACUAUAUUCAUACAGAGUGACAUAUAGGUAGGUACACUACAAGAAUCAGAAUAUUGACUAAACUGCUGUUACCGAUAUGGCCAACGGUAUAAAGAAACUCGAUGAAUACAACUUAAUGGUGCUUAGAGAACAAUUAUCAUUGCCUGCAAAUAAAUAUUGCUUCGACUGUCAUCAAAGAGGACCAACAUAUGUGAAUGUUACCAUAGGUUCAUUUGUCUGUACAUCAUGUUCAGGACUAUUACGAGGUCUUACUCCACCACACAGAGUAAAAAGCGUAUCAAUGGCAACAUUUAGCACAGAGGAAAUUGACUUCAUCAAAUCCAGAGGAAACGAGAGCUGUCAAAGGGUUUGGUUAGGGAUGUAUGACUCAAAACAACCUACAAAAGAUGAAAAACAAAUAAAAGAAUUUAUGGUUGCAAAAUAUGAAAAAAAGAUGUAUUAUUCUGAUCAAGUUUCACAAAAGUUAAGCAAUGGUAUUCAGGCAAGGCCAGCUGUUACCACUGUAACUACAAACCAUCAAAAACCUAGUACAACUACUACACCUGCAAUAAAUAUAUCAUCCCCAAACAAAUUCGAGUUUUUAAAAGAAGAACCCUCAAACCAAAAUCAAUCUCCAAUUCAAACAUCUCAAUCUUUUGCAAAUUUUGAAAAUAAUCCAGUAUUUUCUACAUCUUUUGAUACUCCUAAAAAUAUUGACUUAAAUUUUAAGUUUGUUCAACCAAUUCAAACUGGAUAUUUUGAUUAUUUGACAUCAAAUCCAAUACAUUUUUCACCAGCAAGAAAACCGAACAACAUUAAUAAUCGAUGGAGCGUAGCUAUUGAAAGUACAAGUCCUAGUACAAGUUGGAAAGCAAAUGGAUCUCAAGCACCAGCUGAAGACCGUUAUGCUGCAUUGAAAGAUCUCGAUUGCUUAAUGAAAUCUCAAGUUCAACAAGAUACUCCUCCUCAAUUGAAUAAUAGUAACAGUUCAGCAUGGAGUUCUGAUGCAUCUUUAAAUGGAACAUGGAGCAGUCAAGUCUCUGAAAAUACACCUCAGAACCCAUUCAAAAAUAGUGUUGAAGAUGAUUGGGCAUCAUCAAAUCAUGUAGUUAACCCAUUUACAAAUAACAUACCAGAUGAUUGGCAGAAUAAUAUUCAAUGGCCAAAUGGUUUAACUUCCAGCCAAUCGAUGGGUUUUAACGAUGUAGCACCAUGGAGUGCAGAUUUUUCAAAUCCGUUUAAAGUUGGAUCAGCAUCCCCGUUGAAUAAACAUUCAAGCAAUCCAUUUUUAUAAAACCAUUUAUGUAUCAUCAGAGAAAAUUAAAUUACCCGGUAAAUUGAAAAGCAUUCAACAAUAAUGCAAAACUAAAGCAACGGAUUUAUUAUAUUUUAAUAAGAAUACAAUGUUAUAAAUCUAAAGUUGGCGAAAAAUAUAAUUAAACAUAUUCAAUAAUAAUUAGUAAGAAAUAUUAGUUUUUUAAUUAAUUAUUUAUUUCAAGCAUAUAAUCUCAUCAUAUAGAUGGCCAUUUAUUACUAUUCCUACAUUCAAAUUUAUGCAACUGUCUAGUCUUGAAAAUAUUUAUAGUUUGCUUCAAGUUUUUACAUAGUUAUUUUUUACAUAAAAUUAUUUUUGUAAGUUUUAAAUAUAUAUGCCUAUGCAACUUAAUACACUAUUCAAUAUUUCACAUGAUCAGUGUAUAAAACAAAUGUUGCAGUGUGAUAUUCAUUAAUAUUCAUAAAAUACAGUUAGUUUUGCAAAUUACAACUUACGAGAUCACAAACUUAUUUUUAUAUAUAUUUACUCCAGAGUCGUGACAAAUUAAUGAAUGUGUAAAAUUAUUGUGUGCCCAAACUUUUAAAUUUCACCCGAAUGAUUCAAAGCGUUGUGCUUCAGUUUUAAUUAUUUUUUUUGGUAGGUAACCUUU